ACACCAUCUACGUCGAGCUGUGGUUUGCUGAAAGAGCUGCCUGGACCAUCGCACGUAUGGCGAGUCACACAUGAGAAGGGCAAGGCCCAGACGAUAGCACAUCCUAUUACUGUCCAAGCCGAUCACAACGAUCCCGAAGGCGACACGAGGCCAUAUCACUCGCCAUGGCGCGCUUCUUUCCCACUCUCACCGCUACACGACUCCAGGCCACGACAUACCUGCUCGGCAUCGCGCUGUUCAGCAUCUCGUUUCUCGUCUUCCUCAACAGCAGUAUCUCCUUCGUUGUCACCGAAGUCAUCGGGCAGAAAGAGCGCGUGGGGGAUGCCGUGGGUACGCUCGGCUUCGCAGACGAGUUACUCGCACUGGUCGCAUGUCCGGCAUGGGGCCUCUUAAGCGAUCGCAUUGGCGUGCGGAAUGUGGCAGUGAUCGGAUAUUGUAUUGUGGCGUUUUCGUUGGUCUGCCUUGUGCAGAGCACCAAUGUCUACCCCGAGCUUCUGCUGGGCAGGCUAGGGUUUAGUUUCGGCGGAGCUGCUUGCAGCACUAUGGUCACUGCUGUCUUGCCGACCAUGAUUGCCGAUCGACGAAGAGCAGAAGCAGAGGACCAAGAGACGAUCAUACCCAACAACCAUCUGGCUAGUGUGCAAGAAGAAGAGCGCGUCCGCAACGGCAGUGUGGGCCAUGCGGCUUCCCCCAGCAUAAACAGUGAGCUCACGAUAACACCAGCGAGCUUUGCGUCGCAUGGUCAGCAGCGGGUCGAACCUAACAAGAACGUUCGUGGGCAUCAUGCUGAAGAUGACGAGAAUGCUGCGAGCUCCGCUGGCACUUCGCAACUCGCGGGCCUCGUAGGGUUCUUCACAGGAGCUGGUGCAUUGGUAGCCCUGGCCAUCUUUCUACCUCUGCCGGCUCACCUCCAGAACGAAGGUUUUGGUCAAGCCGAAAGCGUGCAAGUCAGUUUCUACAUCGUUGCGCUGGUGGCUCUGUGUGUGGCCGUAUUCAUUUUUGUGGGUCUUCGGAACUUGCCUGGCGAAGAGAAGAAGAACAUGGCGGCCCUCUUGCAACCUCCCUACGAUGAGACAACAACUGUAGGCGUGGAUGGCAAUCCGCAUAUCAUAUUGUCGCCAGCGCCAUCGUAUUUCUCACUGGCUAAAGAGUCAUUCAAGCUUGGUUUCACAGAUCCGGCCAUCGGCCUCGGCUACCUCGGGGGCUUCGUGGCAAGGGCUUCGUCAGUUGGUAUCAGCCUUUUCAUCCCGCUAUUUGUGAAUGCAUAUUUCGUGCGUAACGGGUUGUGUGUCUCCAACCCUGACAACCUGACAGACAUCAAGAAAAAUUGUCAGCGUGCCUACAAGCUUGCUGCGGCACUCACUGGAAUUGGAGAACUGGCAGCUCUCAUUUGUGCACCUCUCUUUGGCUGGAUUGGUGGACGCGCGGCCAACAGUCGGUCAGAGUGGCCGUUACUCGUUGCUUCAGUGGUUGGCGUGGUGGGUUAUGUGAGUUUCGGCCUUCUGAGAAAUCCGGACGCGUUUCACGGCGAUGGCGGCCAAUGGGCAUUUCUCUCGGUCAUUUUGGUUGGCAUCAGCCAGAUCGGAGCAAUCGUCUGCUCUCUUGCUCUGCUUGGGAGAGGUGUGAACCAAGCCGCGGUCACUCGCAAUACAUCAGUCGCAGCUGCACCUCAGCAUGGAGAGCAACAAUCAGAAGAGGAAGGAGCUCCCUUGCUCCGAAGGACGUCGCGCGCCCCUGCACAAGGUAUUGACAGAUCGAGGCUGUCUGGAAGUAUUGCGGGCAUGUACAGCUUCGCGGGAGGUGCUGGCAUUCUCAUAUUGACAAAAGCUGGCGGCGCCUUAUUCGACUCGUGGCACACUGGAGCGCCAUUCUUUCUCAUGGCUAUCUUCAAUGGCGUGUUAGCGAUUGCCAUCAUUGUAAUCGGAGGUGGCUCACUAGUGUUACGCAAGCACAAGGUAGAUAUUCCUCCCUCGGGAUGAGAAUGUAAUGUAAAUCGCUAUUGAUGUCC